GAUGAACUGGCUCUGCAUCUGCUUCAGCAUCUCGUUGUUCUUCACCGUGGCGCUGUGCUACAACGCCUCCUGCCCCACCUGCUACUCCCCCUCCAACCCUUACUGGAGCAUGCAGCGCCUGCUGCAGGACCCCCUGUUCUACCUGCUGUGUGUGAUCACACCUGCAGCCGCUCUACUGCCCAGAUAUUUCUACAGGGCGUGUCAGGGCACGCUGUUCCCCAGCCCGGUGCAGGUCGGCAGGCAGUUGGAUAAACUCCCCUACGAAACCCGGAGAAACAUCCUGAGCCUCAGCGGGGUCAAGGCGGGGUCGCCACUCGGCCCUAAGCCUCACUUCCUGUCACUCGGCAAGACUUCAUUUAGCAAUAAAAAGCAGCAGCAGCAGAGGAGCGGGCCGGUGUUGCACACAGACAGUGAGAAGGAGCUCCCCUCUGCAGAUAAAGACACUCUGCCUUAUACCAAAGACGCUGCUCCUCCUGCCUCCAAAGACUGCCUGGAUCAGACUUUAGAUGCUUCCUCCUGGAUCACCUCCACGCCGCUGCUCUCCCCGUCAGACGGCAUUCAGUUUCCCCCCGACGGAGACUCGUUCUGCGUCAAAUACUCGAGGAACUCGGAGGAGAGACUGAAGUCCGAUCAAACCUCCUGAUGUCUUAAAGAUG